AUGUUACCAAUACAAUUAGCAAUAACAUUUGUUUUUGAAACUUAUAUACAUGCUAAAGAUAAACCAACAAUGACUGGUUGGGUUGAAUAUUUAUGUAAACAAUUUACAGCUUUUAAACCAGUUGCUGUUUGGUUUCUUGCACAUAUGACACAAGAUGAUACAUGGUUAACUAAAGUACUUGUUCGAUGUCCAAAUCAUACAAUACGUCAUAUGUUUGCACAUGUACUCAUUGAUGUUCUAUAUAAAAGUCGAUUUCGUGAUUCAUCAAAUGAAGAUUCUCUUGUUGUUCAACAAUUUAUUCGUAAAUAUUUAUCAAUAAUAAGUGAAAGUGGUGCACGUUUAUCUAUACGUUAUAUGUCUGAAUAUUUUGUUUUUCUUCAUGAUUUUGCUCGUAAUGGUAUUGAUGAAUGUUAUUUAUUAUUGGAUUGUUUAUGUAUACAACAAUUAAUAACAUUUUAUAUGUUACAUCGUGGUCGACAACCAAAACAAUCAUCAUCAAAUAAUAAUAAUAAUGAUGAUGGAAAUACAAAUUCAGAUAAUGAAAAUCAAUCAACUACGAAUUUAUUAAUGACAACAAAUGGUAUUGAUGAUGAUAUUAUACCAUUAAAUACAAUACGUUUACCAACAAAUAAUAAUUUAAAUUGUCCAGGUAUAUUCGAAAAAAUGUUUCCAUUAAUAGCUUUAUUAUUAGAAACUGAACGUACACGUUCAAAUCUUGAAAAUUUUGAUUUACAUCUAUUUAUUGAAAAUGAUUUUGCUUUUAUUCAACAACAAAUUCUUGAUAAUAUUAAUUUAAAAGCUACAGCACAUAUUAUACAAUUAAUAUAUUAUAAAAAUGAUGUUUAUACUAAUAAAAUUGUUAAUCUUUUAUCACAACGGAUAACUAAUUAUAAAAAUGAUAUGAAUAGUAUACAAGCUUUAUUUAAAGUUUUAACUUAUUUAAUUGAACAAUAUCCAAAUAAUAUCACGAAUGAUAAUACAAAUGAUCAACAACAACAACAACAAUAA